AUGGGCUUCGGUCCACUCGAUAUCGUCCAUCUCAAUACUAACUGUUAAACCCUCUUCCCUUUCGCCUCGUUCGUUUUCCUCCCUCACUGGACGCAGCGCCACCACCUCUCCCCCACAGCCAUCGCCAUGGGCCUCCUCAAGAACUCCCUCCUGCUCCAAGGGCAGCUGCGCCAUGCUACGGCGGCGGCGGCGGGGGUGGGGCGGCGCGGCGUGGCGACGUCGACGGAGGAGUACAUGCGCCGCAACUACGCCAACAAUGUCUCCGAGUACAACACCGUCAUCGGGUCCCUCGUCCAGCAGCGCAGGCCCUACCUGCUUCGUGAUGCUUACGAUGACAUGAUACUAGACGGGGUGCAGCCCGUGCGGGACACAUUCCACAACCUCAUAGUUGGUACCAUGAAAGGCAGCCGGAUGCAAGACGCUUUCUACUUCCGUGAUCAGAUGAGAGAAAUGGGCUUGCAGCCAGAUGUCAACCUUUACAAUUUCUUGAUAUCUACUUGUGGGAAGUGCCAGAACUCAGAUGCAGCGAUAUUGCUUUUAGAAGAAAUGAAAGCACAUGGCGUGAAGUUGAAAGGGGAAACCUACAUUUGUCUGUUGAAUGCGCUUGCAGCCACAGGGCGUACUGAUCAAGUUUAUGCAAUAGUUCGUGAUAUGACUGCCGCUGGUCUUGGAUUAAAUAAGUUUUGUUAUGCUGGACUGAUAACUGCAUUCAAGAACAAGACACCAACCAGUGAGGAUACUACAGCAAAAAUUCUCGAGUUUGUCCAGCAGUCAAAAGGUUGGCAAUAUGUUGAAAGAGUAGCAAAUGACAGCGCUGAGAAUAUAAUGAUGAAUGUGUCAGAGGAAGAGCUAUACAACCUGCCAACAGCAGAAUAUGCACACAGACGGGGAUUUAUCUUUAAGCAGUUGACAAUUUAUCAUGUUGCUGUCCAUGCUUGUGCAGACUUGCGGAGCAAAGAGACGUUGGAAGCACUUCUUGACAUGCUCACUAAAGAUGGAUUUACUAAUGAUGCCUUCAUUGUGAUGCAUGCUGUUAGGUGUUAUCUUCGAUGCGGAGAUAUUGAUUCCGCUGUUAAGAUGUUUGAAGAGUUCUCAAGCUCAAAACCCACACCUGCAGAGUUGUAUGUGAAGCUUGCGGAGGGAGCUAUGAUUGGGUAUACUCCAAGAGGAAUGCAACUUGCUCAAGAAACCUUGGAGAAAAUGACUAAAAGAAAUCUCUUCUUGAAUCCCAAGAUGGGAACUGAUCUUCUACUUGCAGCCUCUGGUGAAAAGACUGGUGGAUAUACAACUGCAAACUAUAUCUGGGAUCUUCUGCAAGCCCGCAAGAUCAUUCCAGCACUUCCUGCGGUCGAAGCAUACCACAAGGGAUUGAAGGAACGAGAAAUUCCUUCCGAUGAUCCACGGCUUCUGAACGUUGCACACACUUUGGACAACCUGCAACUCCGGUUUGGGCCAAGGAGAAAUACUCAGUAACACACAGCAAAGUGCUCUAAUCGCCAAACCGAUGCAGGAUGUCACAACUCAAGGACCCAUGGAGCAUGCCUAUCUGAUGUUCAAGGCUAGAGAGGAAUGGCAGGGAUCAAUGUAUACUACCUGGAACAGAAAUGGAUUUUUUUUCAGAACACAUGGAAGCAACAUUUUCACCUGCCAUGCCAAAAAUCUCAUUCUUGACUUCUAUCUUAUUUCAGUCUGUCCUUGUUACCCCCCACCCCCCCCCCCCCCCCCCCACAUUGUUGUAAGGCUUUUUUAAUCAAACUUUGUGAUUGAGAGUUUGUAACAUGUUGCCAUUCAAAUGUGACAUUGUUUAGCUAUCAGCAGUACAUUUGUGAGUCCUUGGUGUUUGUAUGCGAAGCAGCCAGUUCUGCAGUUUCGCUGCCAAGUGCCUGCUGUUGAUGCAUGGUGUGUGUUUAAUCGUGGUUCAUGAUGUGGCUAUCACACAGUUGUUAUCCCUGCUGUACAACCAUGUACUGACUCAAACCUCCUAAGUUGUUGAGACGAUUAUGAUUA